CUUUCGUUUAUUAAGACGUGUAAUUCUUGUCCUUUUUAGCACGCUCACGAUUAUCUUGAAACCCUGUGCCCUGUUGUAGCGUCUCUUUACUUAGCUUUGCUUUGCUUCUAUUUUUUAUUUAAAUUUUAUUUUCAUUUUUUUUUUUUUUAAAAAAAUAUUAUUCAAAAAUCAAAAAUCAAAAAUCAAAAAAAAGAGAGUUAAAUAAGAGAGAAUUGAAACGUUUGAUCGAUUUUUAUAUCCUCAAUGUCGCUUUUGAAUUAUCUUAUGGAAUGCGAUGCGAAUUUUUAUUGUCGCUAUGCAUUACCUCUUAUCGCUGCUCAGCCGUGUCUGUUUGACCUCGAUGGCUUUGAAUCUAGUAUCCACCAGGAAGCAAUGAGUGGGGACUCUUGCUCAAAGGAAAUAAACAGUGCAUUUGAAGAGUUUGAGCGAGAUCUGGAUGCCCAAUACGAACUUCAUCCUAAAUACGGGCGCUAUGCAAGUCAUUUUGAAGUGCUGUCGUGUAUUGCAACAACUCAUAUUCUUUGAUUUUAUUUUCAGGUCUGGGAUAUUGCCGACCAGUGGUAUCAAAAAUGGAGUGUGGUAUUCUCGCUCGAACACAUGUGGAACUGGACAUUGCAAAAAGCGGAACACGAAGAAGCCACUUUGGCAACAUCGGAACGACCAUUUACCACAAAAGGUCUUCAACCCUGGCUUAACCACAACAACUGCCGGCACAAAAUUCACGAAAGACACCAGAUAUUACUAGAAAACAUCUGCGACUAUCUUGUAGAUUGGCAUCAGACAAAUCGUUCGCUUGCCCUUAUAGGUGCCUGUAAACUCACCACUAUCCCGUUCUUCCCGCCAUCGUGGUUUGUGGACAAACAGCGGCAAAAUCACGGCGAUUAUCAAGGUCUCGCCCCGUCUUACAUUGCGCGGUUUGUCCCACCUUAUAGACUAGCUUCUGUUCCAGAACGUUGGGACGAGGUUUUUCUCAAAGGCUUGACAGUUGACCCUGACCAUCAGCUAGACAUGGACCCCGAACUUAUCACAAACACACUGUCUAUCUACGGUCUGACGGUCCAUUACGACAGUAGGCUAGGUUACAGCCGACUGAUGAUGGUAAUGAAAAAAGCGACCUAUGGUAACCUGGAAACCAGUUUGGAAAAGGAAAUUCCGGUCGACUAUAACAAACCCCGUAUGCUUGCCCUCAGUGUUACGAAAGCUCUCAAGGAUUUGCAUUGGGAAUACGUACAUGGCAACGUCCACCCACGAAAUAUAUUGCUCAACUUUGCUGAUUAUGUGGGAGAAUUAAUUGAUAUAACUUUUAUGCAAAGAUCGCGUUCUCUUCAACGACGCCACAGUGCAAACGCCAACGAGGCCCAGACCGAUCGUACUAGCUCAGUUGGUGUAGGUGGCCGGUGGCCCUACGUCGCACCUGAAAUGGCUAUGCCUUCCAGUCGACUCACGACUGCAGCUGACAUUUAUGCAUUGGGCAUUAUUCUUUGGCAACUGGUUUCCCGGGUCACCUUCCCUGAUAAUACACUCGUCGACCCUUUUGUGUAUCGUAUUGAACCAAUUCCAGGCGUAAUGAAAGAAUGGGAAGACCUUUACACCGACUGUCUCAACACCGAUCCUUCAAAACGCCCAAAUGCCUAUAUGGUCUAUCGUCGACUCGAAAAACUUUCAGCAGACGUUCCUUUUAGCUUGCACACACUUGAAUACGUUCACCAACGUCGGGGGGAAAUUCGGCAAUUCUUAUCUGAACGACUAUUGUUUGACUAUAGGAGUAAUGGAAUACAGCCCACAUCUAUGUUAGUCGAAGAUGGUGGGCAUGUACUUACAGCAUCAGUUACUCGACUUGUCAACAAAGGGCUCGAGAGUUAUCCUCGUCUUGUGCAAAAGUUUACAUUUUAAAGCUUAUUUUUUUUUUUCAAAAUCAUCGAAUUCUAUUCAUACACUAUAUAUACACUGUUUUUAUUGCUUUUUUUAUGUUUUAUUUUAUUUUAAGAAAAGAAAAGAAAUUCUUUCCAGCAAACAUUGCUUGCUAGC